UUGCUAUGAGGUCUGCAAACAAAAAAAAGUGCAGAAAAGAAUAGAAGGGGUGAUGGAGAAAAGGAAAGCAGUAGCUUUGUUCAUGGCUUUUGGAACCAAAGGAGAUGUCUACCCAAUUGCCGCCAUUGCUGCAGCUUUUGCCUGUGACCAGAAACAAUACCGUGUAGUUCUUAUAACACAUUCAGCUCAUGAGAGCUUAAGGUCUCACUUGGAGAGCGGACAUGUUACGUAUCUUCCUAUCGAAUCACCACCUGUUCUUUCUGUUUAUGAGAAUGAUGAUUCCGCAGGAUUUCAUGAAUUGGAAUUUUUACAUCAGAAAAGAAUUAUUACGACAGAGCAUAGGCAAGAGUGCCAUUCUGCAGUGGAAGGAAUUUUUGGAUCUAGCCCGAGCAUGAAGGAGGAUUUUAUGGUCAUUAACUUCUUUGCAUUGGAAGGCUGGAGCCUUGCAGAACUUAAUCGUGUUCGUUGUGUUGUUGCUGCUCCUUAUGUUAUUCCAUACAGUGCACCUUCAUCAUUUGAGUGUCACUUCAGAAAAGAGUUUCCCGUUCUUUAUGAAUAUCUGCAACAAGCAUCCGCUGACAAGGUUUGCUGGAAAGACGUGAUUCACUGGAUGUGGCCGCUUUUUGCUGAAAAUUCAGGAUUAUGGAGAAGCGAUGAUUUAAAUCUGAGUGCCUGCCCUCUUACUGACCCAGUAACAGGUCUUCCCACUUGGCAUAAUUGGCCACCAUCUCCACUACUCUUGUAUGGGUUUAGCAAGGAAAUUGUUGAAUGUCCGGAUUAUUGGCCAUCAAAUGUUCGAGUUUGCGGGUUUUGGUUCCUCCCAACUGAAUGGCAGUUUUCAUGUAAAAAGUGUGGAGAAAUUUCAGCACACUAUUCUCCUGGGAGUACUAGAACAAAAGAAGAAAUAUGUGCCGCUCAUGUAAAAUUAGAAUCUUUUUUGAAGUCAUCAGUGCUGCCGCCUGUUUUCAUAGGGCUAAGUUCUAUCGGAAGUAUGGGCUUUUUAAAGCACCCGCAAGCAUUCCUUUGGGUUAUUCAGACUGUAAUGGAGAUCACAGAUUUCAAAUUUAUCCUUUUUACUUCCGGAUAUGAACCUUUAGAUGAUGCUGUCAAAGUGAUUGCUACCAAAACUUCCUCUGCGGAUCAAGGGCUGACGUACAAUGAGGAGGGGAUCUGUCUCUUUGAUGGUCGCCUCUUCUGCUUUCCUGGUAUGAUACCAUACAGUUGGCUAUUUCCAAGAUGUCUGGCUGCAAUACAUCAUGGGGGCAGUGGUUCCACUGCUGCAGCACUAUAUGCAGGAAUCCCUCAGGUAGUAUGUCCAUUUAUGCUGGACCAGUUCUAUUGGGCUGAGAAGAUGUAUUGGCUGGGAGUUGCACCAAAACCUGUUAAAACAAACCAUUUGGCUCCAGAUAAAUCUGACGCAAUGAGCGUCAGGUUUGCUGCAAAUGUUCUAUCAAAGGCCAUAUAUGAUGCAAUAUCUCCUAAAGUUAAAGCACGAGCCUCAGAAAUUGCUCAAAGAAUCUCUCGCGAGGAUGGAGUCAUGGAAGCUGUAAAGAUACUUAAGCAGGAGAUGGGCUGUUCUAGCGAUUCUUCAGAGUAAGCUGUGGAAAGCUUGCAUUUUUUUUAUGAGUUACAUUUUACAGUUGAAAUUUCUAUAGAGAAGUAUUUUCGAAGUUUUCCAGGAAAAUAAUUGUUUUCCAUUGUUUGGUUAUAUAAUUAGAUGCAUUAAAAAUUAAAAAUGGACUUAUUGUUAAAAGUAUUGUUUUAAGUUCUUUUAAUUUCCGAAACAAUGAAAAAUGAAAAAUACAAAUUAGAGGAA